CUGCUUUUUCCUGCAACGUACCAUGUAAGUUCUCUCCUUUUAUAAAGCUAGAGAAAAACAAGGCAAAUGAACCAUAGGUAGCUAGCUAGGGAUAAAUUUAGUAAUUAAAGCCGUCCAUCUGUACCUCUCCCUUCAGCACGACCGGACUUGAUUUUCCUCCGUCAUGGCUGAAACCUUUCAAAAAGUGACUCCCAUCUUCGUCCUCAUUCUCUUCACUAUUUUCACCUCCUCAUUAAUCCCGGCCACUGCAGAAAAGAACCAUCGCUUCUCGAGAACAUUAUCUCCUGCAAAACUUGGACUCAAGCGAGAGAAACUAAGCCACCUCCACUUCUACUUCCACGACAUCGUCGCCGGACGAAACCCUACGGCCGUCAGAGUUGCCGAGGCCUUCAUGACGAACACGUCGUCGACGCUUUUUGGUGCCGUGGUGAUGAUGGACGACCCCUUGACCGUGCGGCCAGAGCCGAACUCCAGAAUGGUGGGAAGAGCGCAAGGAUUAUAUGCAUCUGCUUCACAAACUGAGUUGGGCUUGUUAAUGGUGCUGAACUUUGCUUUCAUGGAAGGGAAGUAUAAUGGUAGUACUCUCAGCGUAUUGGGGCGGAACACUGUGUUCUCGCCCGUGAGGGAGUUUCCGAUCAUUGGUGGGAGCGGGCUUUUCCGGUUCGCACGUGGAUAUGCUCAUGCCAGAACUCACGCGUUUAACCUCACAAGUGGGGAUGCUGUUGUGGAGUAUAAUGUCUACGUCUUCCAUUAUUGAUGUGUGUUUCUUUGUGCGGCACUUUCUUUUUUUUUUUUUUCUUUUUCAAACAACCAAAGUUGGUAAAUUUAGCCAAAAAGUUUAUAAAACCAGUCUUGUGACAGAGAAUAAACAAAUGGCCUUAUUGCAAACUUGGAGUCUUCUUCGGAAAACCACAUCAAGGAGUGAGAUGCUAGAGGGGGGUAAGAACAAUCAUUCCUCCAAGUCACUGAAAUUGUUUCAUCACCAGGAUAUUCGGAACAUCACUCAAAACCUUGCUUCA